AUGGACAUCAGCUCAGGCGAAGAGUCAAGCCCAAUAGUGCAUAAAUGGUUUCAAGAUCAACCACAAAACUUCUUUCGAGGAAGCCAGGCAUUAAUGCAACGCGAAUAAGAUAGCAGGAGGACCACCGGCAACCACUGCACCACCGCCACCAACGUUGAUUAACAAAAUCAAAUACCAACCCGGAGGCCCUGUGAUUAAGAAAGACAAACGGCAAAGUAGCUCAAGAUUUAACAUAUCGAAAAAUCGCGAACUUCAGAAGUUGCCGCUUCUAUCCGGUAAGUUUCUGAAAUAAAUAUUGUUUUAAAAGAUACAGCCUUAAGUAAGAAAGUUUCUAGCUACUUAUAGAAAGCUACUAUUCAACUUGGUGUAAUAAUAAAAGUAAUUUCUUCUAGAUAAAUCGUAA